AUGUCGAGGCACGACCACACUCGGGACCCUUGCCCCUGGGUCAUUCUGAACGACUUCGGUGGUGCAUUCGCCAUGGGAGCAGUAGGAGGAACCGUCUGGCACGGCAUCAAGGGCGCACGCAACUCGCCUCGCGGUGACCGUCUCCUCGGUUCGCUUUCGGCGAUCAAGGCCCGCGCACCAGUCGUUGGCGGAAACUUCGGUGUCUGGGGCGGUCUCUUCUCGUCGUUCGACUGCGCGGUCAAGGGGUACAGGCAGAAGGAGGACCCUUGGAACGCCAUCAUCUCCGGAUUCUUGACGGGCGGAACUCUGGCGGUGCGAAGCGGUCCCAAGGGUAUGCUCGGAUCGGCCAUUGGUUGCGGUAUCCUCCUCGGUGUGUUCGAGGGUGUUGGUGUUCUCGUUGGACGGCUGUUCGCGGAGAGCAACAAGCCCAUCUCGCCUCUGCUGCCCGAACAAUCCGCUCCUCCUCCCGGCCAGACUCCUCAACUCGUCGGCGCCUGA